AUGCCCCCCGCCGGCCCCAAAUCCGACAUAAACCGCUCGGGCGCCGAAGUGACCGACUUCCCCGCCGUGUGCAACGACUGUCUCUCCGCCACCGACAACCCCUUCAUCCAGAUGAUCAAGGAGGACCGCGGUCUCGAAUGCAAGAUCUGCACGCGCCCCUUCACCGUCUUCCGCUGGGCCGCCGACCGCACCUCGCGCUUCAAGAAGACCAACAUCUGCCUCACCUGCGCACGCCUCAAGAACUGCUGCCAAUGCUGCAUGCUCGACCUCUCCUUCGGCCUGCCCAUCGCCGUGCGCGACGCCGCGCUCAAGCUCGUCGCGCAGGGCCCCAGCUCCGGCAUCAACAAGGAGUACUAUGCGCAGAACCACGAGGGCGCGCUGGUCGACGGACAGGUGCCGGAGGAGUACGACAAGACGGACGCGGCCGCGCGCGACCUGCUCAAGAAGCUGGCCGGCAGCGAGCCGUACUACCGGCGGAAGCGCGGCGGGGGGGAGGGCUCUAGCUCGGGUGGUGGUGGUGGUGGUGAAGGUGGUGGUGGGGUGGGGCCCGUGAGGACGAGGGAUCGAGAGGGAGGGAGAGGGAGGGGUGCUGGUGGCAGGGGCGGCAGGGGCGGCAGGGGCGGGAGGGGGGGGAGGUUUUCGGGGGUGGGACAGGUGCCGCCGGGGCCGCAGGAUGUCAUUCCGCCGGAUGAUCAGAGUAUCACGUCGUUGUUCCUCACUGGCGUCGAAGACGACCUCGCAGAGCACCACAUCCGCACCUUCUUCACCGCCUUCGGCCCCCUCAAGUCCAUCGUCUGCGUACACCGCUCGCGCUGCGCCUUCGUCAACUUCCAGACGCGCUCCGGCGCCGAAGCCGCCGCCGUCUCGUGCCAGGGCAAAGCCGUCAUUGCCGGCUGCCCGCUGCGCGUGCAAUGGGGGCGCACUCGGCCUUUGGGCAACAUGGACCGCUCCCAGGCGGGCGGGCGGGGCGGCGGUGGUGGUGCUGCGGUCGUGGAGACGCAGGAGACGCAGGAGGAGGCGCAGGAGGGGGGCAGGGAGAGGGAGGUGGAGGAUCUGGAGGGGAUGCUGGUCGGGCCGCCGGGGAGUGAGGACCGGGCGUAUCCGAGUCAGGUGGCGGGGUAG